AUUGAAAGUUCGACAUCCUCAGUGACCCCGUCGACACUUCCUCCAUCCAACGCACACACCAAAAUGGCCGACACUCCCGUCACUCUGCGGACUCGCAAGUUCAUCCGCAACCCUCUGCUUGCCCGCAAGCAGAUGGUCGUGGACGUCCUCCACCCCAACCGCCCCAACGUCUCCAAGGACGAGCUCCGUGAGAAGCUGGCCGAUCUGUACAAGUCCAACAAGGACCAGGUCUCCGUCUUCGGUUUCCGCACACAGUACGGUGGUGGCAAGAGCACCGGCUUCGCUCUGGUCUACGACUCCUCCGAGGCCCUUAAGAAGUUCGAGCCCCACUACCGUCUCGUUCGCAUUGGUGCCGCCAGCAAGAUCGAGAAGGCUUCCCGCCAGCAGCGCAAGCAACGGAAGAACCGUUCCAAGAAGUUCCGCGGUGUCGCCAAGGUCAAGGGCCCCAAGAAGAACAAGGAUUAAACGCCUCAUCUGUAACUAUUCGCACGAUACAACAUGGACCGAUGAUGCGGCAUGGCGCGAUGGGAAAGAUUAUGGCGGUGACGGCUUUGGCUCUGGAGUUACCCACCUGGAUUUGGC